UCAUACUGUAAAACAUCGUCAUUGUAAAUGUUCAUUUUCCUGUUAUUGAACAUGUUUCCUAUUUUAUCGGCAUGUUUCUUUUUAAUUAUGACACCAACAAGCUUAGUUGCUGUUGAAAAGGAGCAUGGCCCUCAUGAAAUGACCAAGUUGCGUUUGCUAAAAAGCGAGACGUGUCCACUUACUAAUGAUGUUGUUUUUGAAACAACAUACCCUUCUCCAUUGUCUUGUUCAAUGAAAUGUUUACAAGAUCCCUUCUGCUCCGGAAUGAACGUCCAAGAUGAGAAGAAGAUUGGAGAUAUCAAUUGCCAGUUGACAUAUAAAAGACCAGAACACAAUGAAAACUGCAAAGACAAGACCUGGAAGUUUUACAAAAUACUUCAUCCUCAAAGGAAGAUACCUUGCCAAAAUUUUGGAAACUCAGUUUUUGAUUUGAGAGUUGGACCUGGUGUAAAUCCUUACAAAUGCAAAUGUCAGCCUGGUUUUACUGGAGAAUUUUGUGAAAGUGGAAGUUUCCCUGUAUCAUGCAAAGAAGCCAUGAAAGAUACCAGUUUAAAGGAUGGAACGUACUUAAUCAAGACGAACACUUCAGAAUGUUACAGCAAAGUGUUUUGUCAAAGGAAAAUAUCAGGCUGUUCAGGAGAAGGCUGGACGCUAGUUAUGAAAAUAGACGGGAAAAAGGAAACGUUUCAAUAUAAUUCAUCACUUUGGAGCAACAAAAAGAGUUAUAUGAUUGAAAAUGGUGAAACUGGAUUAGAUGAUCUUGAAACAAAACUUCCUACUUACUGGAGCACUAAAAUAAAGAUGUGUGUUGGAAUGAAAGUAAACAGUACAAUAAAAUUCAUAAGUUUUGAAAUGCAAGCUGAGUCCUUAUACGACCUCAUUGCUGACGGAAAAUAUAGGAAAACCGAUUUGAGUCGUAGCCAAUGGUUGACAUUAGUUAAAAACAGCUUCCUUCAACAAUACUGCGAUAAAGAAGGCUUUAACGUCGUUGGAGAAGAUAGUAACGCUGCUCGUGUAAAGCUUGGCAUUUUGGGAAAUAAUGAAAACGACUGUAUUUCAACUAACUCAUUCGUUGGGUUUGGUGGAUCUUAUGGAUGUAAAAUUUGCGGCGUGAUCAGCUGUGGUAAUUUUUAUGCUUGGAAUGAUGACAAACAAGUUCGAGCAAUGGGAUAUAUUUUUAUUGCUUAGUUGUUGCAUUAAAGGCAUUGCUUGAUAUUUUUAUUUUUUGAUUUUGUUCAUUCUUUUAGAAAUACUGGUCUGAAUAAAGACUGAAUUAACUAAAAUAGAAAAUUCACGAUUUAUAGUCAAUACGUUUAACGCUGUAAAAGUUAUACAUCAUUAAUAUACAGAAAAAAAAUCUUGAAGCCCAAGAUGCUGCUGUAAAAGUCACUAUGCAAUUUUACAAAAAAAUAACAUGAGCCGUCUUUUUUUUCACGCACAGUAGCAAAGAAAACAAUAUUGAUCAAAACUCCGUUUAAAAGUGGUCUUUUUCCAACGACAGCUAAGAUGAAAAGUUUAAUAAAAACAAUAUUCAAAGGUGGUCUUUUACAAUAAACUGAAAUGCAAUUAAAAUCGUGCCCAUCAGUGUAUAUUAUAGUUUGUAUUAUAUUACAUAUGAAUAUAUAAUAAGUGCUGUAUAAGUAAUAUAUAAAAUGUGCUGUAAAUUUUUGCUUUACAUCUUUUUUAUAUUAUACUAAUCAAAUAAAUCACCAUUCCACACACGC